AUGGAAACCAUCUUUGACUUGCAUAUAUCUCCAACUCGCGAGUCAAUCGAGUCUUCACAUAACAUUCAAGGUUUUAGAAAACAUUUCGUCAUUAAUUUUGAGUUUAAUCAUGCAUAUUUACCUUUUCAAACCAAUGUCACGGCCGACUUAACAACCACAGUUAGAGAAGCCGUGACAAUUCCUAUUGAAAACUUAUGUAAUUGUAUGGAAGGAGAUUAUAAUAAUGUCUAUGAGAAAUUUUCUUUCAUACCAAUUAAUAUUUUAGACGAGAUUCUACCAAAAAUGGAAGAAUGUGCUAGACAAAUGGUUGCACACUACGGUGAAGAACAUGAUAUAAUAGAGAUGAGUAUACAUCUUUUUGCCAUAACACCAAUUGAAGAGGAGGAAGAAGAUCUUAGAAAUCAAGAUGAUUAUGAUCAAGCCCAACAAAUUGUUGAUUUGAUGGAGAAAUUAGAAAUGUGUUAUUUUUCUUCUUCUGACUCAAUUGGACAAUGUUCUAUUUGUUUGGAAGAAUUUUGUACUACGUCAGAAUUUGUUCGAACAAAAUGCUCUCAUGUUUUUCAUAAAAAGUGUAUUGGUUCAUGGAUUCAACAAUGCAUCAACUGUUCAUCAACUUACACUUGUCCAUUGUGCCGACAACUAUUAUAA